GAGGAGUUUACUGAGUUUGCUGCGAGUUUAAAAAGUUGUCAUUGUACAUCCUUCAGUAUACUUAACGUUAUUUUCUUAACGAGUUUCGUCUAGCGACCCUUGAGUAAACCACAGCAUUUGUGCAGGAUUAGUUGGCCGGACACCUAACCUAGUGUCAAGUCACCCAAGGACAAUCAAAGCAAGCAAACAGACACGGCUGUCACUCGCGUGCAGAGAGCAGGCUGACCUUAAGUAUCUGCGGUAUAUUUCGUUUUUUUUUCCUGCCCUUAAAGAGUACGGUAUUAGGAGUCUAACUGCCUUCCGCACCCAAGAAGAUCACUCAUCGCGGAUAGCUAACCAUGUUUCUUCGGAAAGUCAGCCAGAGUCCAGCUCUGUGUAGCACUGUCCUCCGACUACAACCAGCCAUACACGGGACGCAACGGCAGACUGGAGCCCUUGUAGCUGUGCAAAAUGUUCGUUUUUACGCCAGUCAAGCGGAGGCAGUACUGGAGAAACCAGCCGUCGAUAGCGACACAACCACCAAGACAGAUAAGGUGGAGAAGAAGUCCUUUACUGUGGAAUCCAAGUCCUUUGCAGUGAACAUGUUUAAAGGGCAGAUCAGUACCUCUCAGGUGUUUCCCUUCCCCUCAGUGCUGAACGAGGAGCAGUCUCAGUUCCUUAGGGAGCUGGUGGGCCCAUGCUCUAAGUUUUUUGAGGAGGUAAACGACCCGGCGAAAAACGACACUCUGGAGAAGGUGGAGGACCACACCAUGGAGGGGCUGAAGGAGAUGGGUGCGUUCGGCCUGCAGGUGCCUGCUGAACUUGGUGGCGUUGGUCUCACCAACACACAGUAUGCCAGGUUGGUGGAGAUUGUGGGGAUGCACGACCUGGGUGUUGGCAUCACACUGGGUGCUCACCAGUCCAUUGGCUUUAAGGGCAUUCUGCUCUUUGGCACGCCUCAGCAGAAAGAGAAAUACCUGCCCAAACUGGCCACAGGAGAGCACAUAGCUGCGUUCUGUCUGACAGAGCCGGCCAGUGGCUCUGAUGCAGCCUCCAUUAAGACCACAGCAGUGCGAUCUCCCUGUGGCCAGUACUUCACCCUCAAUGGUGGAAAGAUCUGGAUCAGCAACGGAGGCCUGGCCGAGAUCUUCACCGUGUUUGCCAAGACUCCGCUGAAAGACGAGAAGACCGGCGAGAUGAAAGACAAGAUAACGGCCUUUAUUGUGGAGAGGAGUUUUGGAGGAGUUACACAUGGUCCCCCAGAGAAGAAGAUGGGGAUAAAAGCGUCAAACACGGCGGAGGUGUAUUUUGAGAACGUGCGUGUACCUGCGGACUGUGUCCUGGGUGAGGUGGGCGGCGGCUUCAAAGUGGCCAUGAACAUCCUGAACAACGGGCGUUUUGGAAUGGCCGCAGCCCUCUCUGGGACCAUGAAGGGUGCCAUCGCCAAAGCUGUGGACCAUGCUGCAAACAGGACCCAGUUUGGAAACAAGAUCCAUAAUUAUGGAGCGAUCCAGGAGAAGGUGGCGAGAAUGGCCAUGCUGCAGUAUGUCACAGAGUCAAUGGCCUACAUGAUCAGUGGUAAUAUGGACAGUGGGGCCUCUGAGUUCCAGAUAGAGGCGGCCAUCAGCAAAAUCUUUGCCUCAGAGGCAGCAUGGACAGUGACAGAUGAAUGUAUUCAGAUCAUGGGCGGAAUGGGCUUCAUGAAGGAUUCAGGUAUUGAGAGGAUUAUGAGAGACCUUAGAAUCUUCCGGAUCUUCGAGGGCACCAACGACAUCUUACGACUUUUUGUGGCUCUCAACGGUUUUCAGAAUGCUGGAAACCAGUUGAAGAGUUUGCAGAAAGCUCUGAAAAACCCAAUAGGGAAUGCUGGGGUGUUAGCUGGUGAAAUCACAAAACGGGCAAAAAGAAAGGCUGGUCUGGGAACAGGUCUUACUCUGCAGGGAGUUGUCCAUCCAGAGCUGGGCCACAGCGGAGAGCUGACCGUCAAAGCCAUCGAGCAGUUUGGGGCUGUGAUAGAGGAGCUGCUGCUGAAACAUGGGAAGAGAAUUAUUGAUGAGCAGUUUGUGCUGAAGAGAGUUGCUGACUGUGCCAUAGACUUGUACGCUAUGGUUGUGGUCUUGUCCAGGGCCUCUAGGUCUCUGAGUCUGGGCCAUUCCUCUGCCCAGCAUGAGAAAGCGCUCUGUGAAACCUGGUGUGUGGAGGCUUUCGACAGAAUCAUGCAGGACAUUAAGUUCUUGAGAUCCAGCAACUCCAAGCAGAUCUUUAAGAACCUCAGAGCCAUCUCCACAGCGGUGGUGGAGAACGGAGGCGUGGUCUCUCCCCAUCCCCUUGGCUUUUAAAUCGUUUCCCCUCUACUCAUUUCUCCUCUUCUCCAGCUCCACGUGCUCCUUCACCGUGAAUCGUUAUCCAGUCAUACCCAUCGGUUUCUCCUCACCCAGGAUUUCAUGUGACCUACAGCUCUGCUGGUCUGGAUGGAUGCACAGAAUUGUAUCAUAUUGCAUCACCAUAAAAGUGCAUUAAUAAUCACCACAACAGAACAUAGCAAAAUGCAUGAAUAUAAAUGCAAGUUGCUAAAACUGGAUUUGCAGGGAAUAUUGACUUUAAGAAUGAAUCUGCUAGUGUGCGACAAGCAACGCUGGGGAUGUCAGUUAUUUUUCUGUUCGAAAGAAAACUGCAUUCUCUGCAGCGUUCUUUGCUCAAAGCAGUUUGACUCAGCCUCUCUUAGUGUGAGUGGUCGAAUAUCACGCUAAAAGGAAAACAAAAAGGGCCGUAAUGCACUUGGCAGUAUUAACUGACACUCAGAACAUUAAACACCACUGCAAUCUAAUAAGGAAGUUGCAUAACAUUCUGAAUAAAAUCUCCAAUCUUUUUUUUUCCCCCCUCA